UAGUUGAGUCAGAAUUUGAAUUAAAGAAAAAAAAAUUAACUGUCAAAUUGUUUUGAUGUUUUUCACAAUUGAAAAUUUAAAUUCCCAACUAUGAAAGUUACAAAGAAAUUUAUCAGAACUUUUUUGAUAUAAAAUCAAAUUCUCUGCGAAUUUCCAUGAAAAUUCAAUAGUUCAAUCAGAAUUUUAAUUUGAAAUUUCGAAAAUUUUAGAGUAAAUUCAGGAUUUAAAACAAGAAAUUUAUUUGAAUUUGCCGCCAAAAUUUAAGUGUCAAAAAACACCCGAGUGUCCUCUACUGUCACUUUAAUGAACGAUUUUGAUAGAAAUUUGGAAAAAUAAAGUCUUAAGUCAUAUUAAUUUAUAAGCAGUACGAUUUUGUUUGUAAAUAAAUAUAAAAAUAUAGUAAAUUAUAUGAUGUUUAUAAUUAAACACUUAUUAAUGUACAAUUAAUGACAUAUUUAAUAAUACAUAAUUGAUUAUAAAUAUAAUUUAAAUAUUAUGAUGUAAUGAAAAUAUGAAUUCAUGUCAGCGGCAAGUUUCUGGGUUCUAACCUCGCAGAAUAGAGCGGUAAAUUUAUUUAGUUUAGUAAACCUUUACUAAUUACUUAUUAUUAAUUGUAAUUAUUAUUUAUUUCAGUGUAUAAUUACUUAGUUAAUAAAUUAUUUGUAAAUGUGACCAAUAAAACCAAUCAAAUUUUUUAAAUGCAUGCACCAGAUUAGGAACAAUCAUUGCUUAUAAAUAAAGUCAUUUGAAAAGGAUCUUCAACAAAAGACCGCCCACUAUCAAUUAAAGUAAUCAGUGAAGACAAAAAUUAAAAAUAGAAUCAAAAAUGGCGCCACCACAGCCACCGCCUCCGCCACCGGACCCGGUGACCCAGAUGAACACAUACAGGUCGUACGUGACCAUGUUAGCAGAUCCCAACUCAAAGGAUGAGUUGAAAUUGAAAGCAGCGCAAGAGCUAUCAGAGAAUUUCGAAGUCAUCAUGUGUUCGUCUCAGUACCCAGCGUUCCUGGACCACAUGAUGAAGAUAUUUAUAAAAAUUCUACAGGACGGCGAGCCGCAUUUCAUUUCUGAGUACAAUAUCCAGCAAGUGCGCAAGCUGAUACUCGAAAUGAUCCAUCGCCUGCCCACCAACGAGCACUUGCGCCCUUACGUGAAGCCAAUCCUGAGCCUGAUGCUCAAGUUACUGGAGACCGAGAACGAGGAAAAUAUUCUCGUGUGCUUAAGAAUUAUCAUCGAACUCCACAAGCAGUAUCGCCCGACAUUCAACCCCGAGAUCCAGCACUUUCUCCAGUUUGUAAAGUCAAUUUACAGCGAGCUGCCUAAAAAUUUGAACAAAAUAUUCGAGCCCAGGCCUCCAAUCCGCGUUAAAGAUCUGUCUGAACUAAACAUCGAAGUCCUGCUACGCGAAACUUUUACAAUCACGCCGAUACAAAGUGAAAAGAAGGCCAGCGAUGGCAAUCUUAUAACAUACAAUCUAAUUCCCAGAGCAGUAUUGUCACUAAAAGUAUUGCAAGAGCUUCCAAUAAUUGUCGUACUGAUGUACCAGAUCUACAAACAGAACGUCCAUCAAGACGUAGCUGACUUCAUACCUCUGAUAAUGACAACGAUUACACUGCAGCCGAGUCUCCAGCACCGCAACGCCCCGGGGUUCAACAAAGAAGUCUUCGUUGACUUCAUGGGAGCGCAGAUAAAAACGAUAAGUUUCCUCGCCUACAUAAUCAGGAUUUAUCAGGACGUUGUUUCGUCACACAGCACCAUGAUGGUCAAAGGGAUGCUGGGACUGCUGACCCUCUGUCCCAUAGAAGUGACGCACCUGAGACGUGAGUUACUGAUAGCAGCGCGUCAUAUACUAGCUACAGAUUUGCGAAUUAAAUUCGUGCCUUACAUGGAACGUCUGUUUGAUGAGCAAGUCCUGCUAGGCAACGGCUGGACCACUUACGAGUCUCUCCGCCCGCUGGCUUAUUCGACUCUCGCGGACUUGGUCCAUCAUGUCCGUCAACUUCUCCAGCUACCGGACCUCGCGCGCGCGGUUCAUCUGUUCAGCAAAAAUGUCCACGACCAAAGUUUGCCCACGACAAUACAGACGAUGUCCUGUAAAUUAUUAUUGAAUUUGGUCGAGUGCAUUCGCACGCGCAGUGACAGUGAUAACAGUAAUCAAGGCCGCGAGCUGUUGAUGCGAAUGCUGGAGGUGUUUGUUCUGAAAUUUAAAACCAUAACUAAAUUACAGCUGCCGAUUUUGUUGAACAAAGCGAAUAACGCAAAAGCCAUAGCUGCGGCAGCUGGAUCUGCAACUGGAACUGCAGCUGCAACUGGAACUGGAAUUGGAGCGACGAUUGAUAUUAAAACAGAAGACAGCAAACCUCCGAUUUUACAAGAGACUGAUGACAAAGAAGCCAACAAAUCAAAAUUUUUAACUCCGCAAAAUCAAUCAUCGUCGCUUGUUAACUGCAACGUUUCUGAUUACCGCAGUUUGAUCAAGACACUGGUUUGUGGUGUCAAGACAAUAACGUGGGGCUGCGCUAAUUGCAAGUCAACGAACAGUACAGGGGAUGUAAUUCAGUCGAAACAGUUUCAUCCGCGCGAAACGCUGGUGUUCAUUCGUCUCGUCAAGUGGGCGCUCCAAGCGCUGGAUAUUUACACCAUUGGGCCGUUAAUGGCGAACCCGACGUUAUCAACUCAACAGCAUCAUUAUCACAUGAGAGCUGGACAAGCGCAGCCCCCACCUCCGCAGACAGUGAGGACCAAAGAAGAGAAAGAAGUGUUGGAACAUUUUAGCGGCGUGUUUUCAAUGAUGAAUCCUCAGACAUUCCAAGAAAUAUUUUCUACGACAAUUGACUACAUGGUAGAGAGAAUAUUUCGCAAUGGAGCCUUGCAAAUUGUUGGAAAUUCUUUCCUGGCCAAUCCCACUACCUCGCCGAUCUUUGCUACCGUAUUGGUCGAGUACCUGCUGGAGCGGAUGGACGACAUGGGGUCAAAUGUUGAGCGCAGUAAUUUGUACUUACGUUUAUUUAAAUUAGUUUUUGGCAGCGUGUCAUUAUUUCCCGCCGAAAAUGAGCACAUGCUGCGCCCGCAUUUGCAUCAAAUCGUAACGCGUUCAAUGGAAUUGGCGAUGUCUGCUAAAGAGCCAUACAAUUAUUUCUUGCUACUGCGCGCGUUGUUUCGUUCUAUCGGUGGCGGCUCCCAUGAUCUUUUGUACCAAGAAUUUUUACCUCUGCUUCCAAAUUUACUCGAGGGACUCAAUCGUCUGCAGUCAGGUCUGCACAAGCAGCACAUGAAAGAUCUAUUUGUCGAAUUGUGUCUCACUGUGCCAGUGCGUCUGAGUUCUUUGUUGCCUUACUUGCCGAUGCUGAUGGAUCCCCUGGUCUCCGCGCUCAAUGGCAGUCACAAUUUAGUCAGUCAAGGUCUGCGCACCCUAGAACUGUGCGUGGAUAACUUGCAGCCCGAUUUUCUUUACGAACACAUUCAGCCAGUACGCGCUGAUUUGAUGCAAGCGCUCUGGCGCACUCUGCGUAACCCAAAUGACCAGGUCGCACAUGUCGCGUUCCGUGUAUUGGGUAAAUUCGGUGGCGGUAAUCGCAAAAUGAUGAUCGAACCGCAGCGUCUUGAUUACAACGAUCGCGACAAUGGUCUUAAUGGCAACGAAUCACCAGCAGUCGUCAUUUACUUCCCCGAUUCUGCAACAACUCCCGUUAAGUUGCCAAUUGAAAUGAUCAUUGAGACAGCAUUCACUGCAUUAAAGUCAAAUACCACUGACUCUUUUUACCGAAAGCAGUGCUGGCAAGUCAUCAAUUGCUACUUAGCAAGCGUACUGCAAUUAAACACUGAAAUAAAUCCAGACAGUACCGACGUUGCUGAUGAAACCACCCGUCAAACUCUUCACAAACUGUUCACAUCAAUCAGCUUCAAGGAAAAUAAUUUGCCGUCACUUCAACAGCAGCAGCAGUCGCAGUCACAGGAACUCAAUUACAAAUACGACAACGUCGUCGCCAGGAAUGUGCUGCAGACAGCACUGACGGGUUUGUUCGUAGCCGCGGCUAUAAAAGAACUCAAGCAAUCUGUCAUAGCAACCAUGGUUUCAUUGGUAAGACACUACACCAUCAUCGCGAUAGCCCAGCAAGCUGGUCCCUACUGUUUAGCGCCCGGCGAUAGAUUGAUAAACGGCAGUUCCGGUUACACGAAUCGGUGCCAAGAUCCGCUGGUGCUGAUGGACGCGCUGGCGACGAUAAUGGGCCAUGAGGAAAAGGAAUUAUGCAAACCGGGACAGCUCGCGCUGAUUCUGAUCUUGGAGACCGCGACCCAGAUACUCGGUAGCAAAGAACGCGCGUGUCAGCUGCCGAUGAUGGAGUAUCUGGCUGAAAAAAUGUGCGCGCUUUGUUACGAACGCGCUUGGUACGCAAAAUUAGGCGGCUGCAUUGCUAUUAAAUUUCUGUUUGAACGCAUGGCAACCAAGUGGGUCCUCCAGCACCUGUUUCAAUUUUUAAAAGCGCUCAUGUACGUAAUGAUGGACUUGACUGGCAAAGUUUCCAACGGUGCCAUUGAUAUGGCCAAAGAAAAUUUGGAGCAAAUGCUGCGUGUUUACGUUCAUCCUGACAUAAUUAAUUCAGCGCCAGAGCUACUGGAGGUUCAGAACAAAAGUAUUUACGACGUGACACAUGAGUUAGUGCGUCAAGUGACGUCUCCUCAUACUCUGGUACGUGAGCAGGCGAUGUCUUCCCUCAGAUUACUUGCGGAAAUACAAAACAAAAGUGUCACCCAGGUCAUGGAACCGCACAAAGACGUUCUCGCUGACAUGAUUCCGCCUAAGAAACAUUUGCUGCGUCAUCAGCCUGCUAAUGCGCAGAUCGGUUUGAUGGACGGCAAUACAUUCUGCACAACUCUGACUCCUCGUUUGUUUACAAUCGACCUCCAGAUUCAUGAACACAAGGUAUUUUUCCAAGAACUUCUUGGACUCUGUGAUAAUGAAGACGCGUUUUUACACAAACUGCCGUGUUAUAAGUCAGUAAGUAACUUGAUACCGCUGCGCAAAUCAGCUCUGCGUGCGCUGGCAGCCUGUCACUAUAUCGUAGGCCUUCGUGACAAAAUAUUUUCUACACUGUACCGAACAUUCGAGCGUCCGAAUCCUGAGCUACAGCAAGCGACGUUCGAGUGCAUGCAGAAAUUCAUCGGAGGCUUUCAAAUAGACAUGGAAACUGUUCACACGACAAUGCGCCCCAUGUUACUGACACUCGGAGAUCACCGUAACUUGAGUCUUAAUUGCGUCAAACGCUUGUCAUACCUGACCCAGUUGUUCCCCAGUACCUUCAGUAUCACCCUCUGCGAGCAGCUACUUCUCCACUUGAAGAAACUACUAGAGAAUUUGAUCCAAACGAGCCAAGUAAAUCAGCAGCACAAAACAACCGCGAGUAACAUCAAAUUCGAUGACGAUUGCAAGGAAAAAAUAUCACUUAUCAUCGGAAUUUUCCACCUGAUACCAGCAGCGACACCCAAAUUCAUUGACGUGCUCUGUAGACUGGUUCUGCAGACGGAAAAGUCACUGCUGAUUGAAGCUUCCAGUCCAUUUAGGCGCCCGCUGAUGAAAUUCCUGCUGCGGUACCCUACGGAAACGCUCACCCUCUUCCUGCAUGACAACAACAUCAAGGAGCAGCAGUGGAGCCGGUAUCUAGAAUACUUGAUCAAGCAGCCGACUGACGGGAAACCAUUUAGAGACGUUUUGUUUACGAAUACGAACUGUACUGGGAGAUUGAUCACGAUGUUACUGGCAGCUACUGUGUCAAACUCUUCGCUGUCAACUCCACUGACGACCUCGUCGACCAGCGGGAACUUGACUACUUCAGACAAAUACGAACUCCAACACCAGGCGAUAAGAAUUAUCUCCGUGCUUAUCAAAUUUGACGAGCAAUGGCUGUCGACUCAGGGACAAAUUGUUGCGGCUUUGAAGCAGCUCUGGUACCAGGACGGGUAUCUAGAGCUGCACAAACGCGUCGAAAAUGUCGACUUCAGUCGCUGGAAAGAGCCAAAGCUUGUUGUUAAAAUACUGCUUCAUUAUUUCAGUCACCAUCCAACGGACAUCGAUCUUCUGUUUCAACUUCUACGCGCGACUUGCGACCGUUUUAUACCAGACUUUCAAUUCCUGAGAGAUUUUCUUGAAAAUACCGUAGCGCGGGAGUAUCAAGUCGAGUGGAAACGCAGCGCAUUUUUCCGGUUCGUCGAGCAUUCUUGUCCUCAAGAAUCAACAUCAACGUCGGCGACUGUUCCUGCUUCAGCCCCGACACUGUCAGAAGAAUUGAGAGCCAAAAUACUUCAGCUGAUAAUAAUUCCAGCAUUUGCUGUUAGUUUUGAACGGGGCGAAGGUGUAAAGCUGGUUGGCGGUGCUCCGAUGCCUUAUCAAGACAACCCGGAGAACGUCGUCAGUGUAUUUAUUUCCCGGGUGAUUGAUCCAGAUAAUCCGUUUGCUUCGGCAGAUUGCCUGCGCAUUUCAUUGCUGCAGUUCUCGUGUCUGCUGGUCGAGCAGGCGUCCCAACAUAUUCACGACGUCACCAAUAAACGUCAGGGCAAUAAAUUACGUCGGUUGAUGACUUUCGCGUGGCCUUGUUUGCUCGGCAAGAAUUGCGUCGACCCGGCAACUCGAUAUCACGGGCAUCUAUUGCUCUCCCACAUAAUCGCUAAGUUUGCGAUUCACAAACGCAUUGUACUGCAAGUGUUCCAUAGUCUUUUGAAAGCCCAUGCAGUCGAGGCGCGAAAUGUCGUACGACAGGCGCUGGAAAUUUUAACACCAGCGAUGCCAGUCCGGAUGGAAGACGGCAACACCAUGCUGACCCACUGGACCAAGAAGAUAAUUGUCGAAGAAGGUCAUUCUAUGCAGCAACUGAUUCACAUUCUCCAGCUGGUGGUUCGUCACUACAAAGUUUACUAUCCUGUAAGACAUCACCUGGUCCAGCAUAUGGUCAAUUCAAUCCAGCGUUUGGGUUUCAGUCCCAACGCGACUCUAGACAACAGACGACUUGCAGUUGAGUUGGCUGAAGUUAUCAUCAAAUGGGAACUGCACCGCAUCAAAGAUGAAGCAGCCGGCCAGUUGAUGGACACGAGCGAUCCUAAUUUAACAUUGAAUGAACUAAUGGCCAAUCCGGUUAAUAGAUUUCCUGGUGAGCCGAGUGCGACAAAACCAAUCGAACGCGGGCACGCGGACUCUAUUUUGAAUUUCUUGCUGCGUCUCGCCUGUCAAGUAAACGACGGGACCACGAGCGUAGCAACAGCCGCAGGAGCUGCUAAUGCCGCUGGAGCCGGUACUUCGACAGCUACACCAGCCGCCACUGCUGCUGCCAUUCAAUCCUCAAGUAAUCCAGGAGAGUUGUUGUCACGCCGCUGUGUUAAUUUACUUAAAAUGGCACUGAAACCUGAUGUCUGGCCCAGUUCGACCCAGCAACAGCAGCAACCGCCGCCUGAUUUAAAACUAAAUUGGCUGGACAAAGUAUUCGCGAGCAUCGACAGCGCCCAGCCCAAUUACGGCAACAUUUGUACGGCUUUAGAGUUGCUGACAUUUUUGCUGGGAGUAAUGAAGCGGGAACAGAUCUUAGCGAACUUCAAAUUACUCCAGCGAGGUCUCAGCGCUUGUUUGACCUCCAACAAUACCAAAGUAAUCCGUCUAAUGCACGCGCUCAUGUCCAGAUUGAUGUCAAUAUUUCCCACAGAGUCGAUCGUUCCUUCAGGAGUAGCAGCACCAGCCUCAAAAUACGACGAGCUGAAUACUCUCUACACAGCAGUUGCCAAUUUUAUCACCGAAGGGUUGACAGCUUAUGAAAAAAAUACCGGUCUGCUGUCCAACACCACGGGCGCUGCAGCUGGAAACGCUUCGACGUCAUUAUUCGGUACUCUGAUGAUACUGAAGGCUGCUUGUAUCAAUAAUUCGAGUUACAUUGACCGAUUCAUUGCCCAAUUUGGACGCGUACUUCAUCGCAUGACCAAAGACCAUCUGCAAUUAAGCGGCACCGUGACAGCAGACGCGGCCACUUCAAACACAAUCACUGAUUCAAAUCCAGUAAACAGCGAACUGCUGAUCCUUAGUUUGGAUUUGGUGAAAAAUCGCGUUGCGGUGAUGAGUCCCGACAUGCGGAAGUCAUUUAUUUCAUCAAUAUUGAUAAUAUUGAUCGAAAAAACCCAUGAUAUCAAAAUAAUGAAAGCGAUAACGCGAAUGCUGGAGGAAUGGAUGAAGAACAAAAACCCAAUUGCUGUCAAUCAGGCGCCCAGUUUAAAAGAAAAGUCGAUGCUGUUGGUUAAGAUGAUGCAGUGCGUUGAGAAAAAGUUCCCAGAUGACCAGGAACUCAAUGGACAAUUUUUGGAGCUCGUCAAUUAUGUUUACCGCGACGAAAUAUUGAGGACAACUGACUUGACUUCAAAACUAGAGCCGGCUUUUCUGAGCGGAUUGCGCUGCACGCAACCGAGUAUUCGCGCUAAAUUUUUUGAAGUCUUCGACAGCUCGAUGCGACGUAGGCUGUACGACAGACUACUCUACAUUAUCUGCAGCCAGAGUUGGGACGCAAUGGGACCUCACUACUGGAUCAAACAGUGCAUUGAACUUGUGAUCGUGACCGCCAGCGCGUCAACGCCAAUGAAACUCGCGAAUCAAGACAAUUUACUACCGUCACUUAGCACAAAUACAAACACAUCGAAGCCCUCGUCUUCCUUAUUGUCCACUGACGAAGCAGACUUAUUUUUCACGAGGAUAAAGAAAGAACCGGGUCUGGAUGACGAUAUCGUUGAUGACUUCGCCGGUAAUCUGGACUCCCUGGUGUCUAUUGUGAAGGACGACCUACUGGACAUGGACCUGGGGACAAUCAGCGCGGAUAUAAGUAUGGAAGUAGACAAGAAACCUGUGGUGGAGACGACGGAGACAAUAAACCAGUUGAUAAACAAACAAGAUGAGUUUUUACAAACCGCUAGAAAAGUUAAGACUGAACAGUUUUUACUGGCGGCUGCUCAGCUCUGUCACAUGGACACCAAUCUAGCCGAGAGAGUGUGGCUGGAUAUAUUCCCUAGACUCUGGUCUAUUUUGGACGAGACCCAGCACUCGGCGCUGACUGCAGAAAUAGUUCCGUUUGUUUGCUCGGGUGCGCAUGUCAUUCAAAAAGACUGUCAUCCAUCAGCAAUAGCGACUUUUGUCGAAGCGAUUUCGCACUGCGAUCCCCCAGUUCCGAUUCGUCCGCCGCUAAUUAAAUAUCUUGGGCGUUCUCACAAUUUGUGGCACCGCAUGACACUCACGCUAGAAAAAAUGGCUUUUGAAAACGGGGAUCUUAGCAGUACGAAUGACACUUCCAGUGUCAAUGCAAAUUUGAAUUCCACCGUCAAUGCCAACAGCUCAAGUUUAUUUAGCGAUAAGCGUGAAUUGAUACCGAGUCAAUCCGCGUUUGAUUGCUAUGAUUUUGAACCAGCUGAUGCUGUUACAGCAGCGAACAAUCCUCAUGCCCAGAUACUCGACUCUCUGGCUGACAUGUACGCGCUGCUGUGCGAGGAAGACAUGUGGUGCGGACUAUGGCAAAAGCAUGCGCACUACAAGGAAACAAUCCAGGCGACUUCACUAGAACAGCAGGGAUUUUUCGAACAAGCGCAGGUGGCUUACGAUUCAGCGAUGACCAAAUUCAAACAAGAUUACAUUGGGAAUCCCGCGCCGUUUAAAAUACAGCGGGAAACUCUGCUGUGGGAACAGCACUGGAUUCGCUGCGCGAAAGAAUUGAACCAGUGGGAUUUGUUGCUGGACUAUGGCAGUAAAAAGACUGAAAAAAAUCCAUUCCUUAUAUUAGAAAGCUCCUGGCGAAUUCCAAAUUGGACGAUGAUGAAAGAAGCAUUGGCGCAAGUGGAACACAAUUGUCCUAAAGAAAUGGCCUGGCGGGUAAAUCUCUACCGUGGAUUCCUAGCGAUUUGUCACAAUGAAGACCAACAUCUGAAUACAGUAGAACGUUACGUCGAACUGGCAUCGAGUUUGUGUAUGCGAGAGUGGCGACGUCUGCCGGCUAUUGUCAGUCACAUUCAUUUGCCGCUGCUGCAAGCUGCUCAACAAAUAAUGGAGCUCCAGGAAGCGAUGCAGAUUCAUCAGGGUCUGCUGCACGGACGAUCAACGGCUUCGUCUCUGCAUGACAUGAAAGCCAUCGUCAAGACUUGGCGCAACCGACUGCCAGUUAUCGCUGACGACUUGAGCCAUUGGUCAGAUAUAUUCACCUGGAGGCAGCAUCACUACACAUUUAUAUCCAGCCACUACGAUUCGCAACAGCAGCAGCAACAAGACCCAGCCAAUGCCCAGUCUACGACUGCCGCAACCCCUACCACCACCACAAAUAAUCACUCAAUGCUGGGUGUCCAUGCGUCUGCGCAAGCGAUAAUUCAUUUUGGUAAAAUAGCGCGCAAGCACAACCUCACUGGCGUUUGUCUGGAUUCUUUGUCGCGGAUUUACACGAUACCAAGUGUACCAAUCGUGGAUUGCUUCCAAAAAAUCCGUCAGCAAGUAAAAUGUUACCUGCAGAUGGCCGCAGUGAGCGGAAACAAUGAACUCCAAGAAGGCUUAGAAGUUAUUGAGUCAACAAAUCUUAAAUACUUUACCAAAGAAAUGACCGCUGAGUUCUACGCACUCAAGGGAAUGCUGCUGUCCCAAAUCGGGCGGUCGGACGACGCCAACAAAGCGUUCUCUGCUGCUGUACAGCUACACGAUACUCUCGUAAAAGCCUGGGCACUAUGGGGCGACUACCUCGAGCAGAUAUUCACCAGAGACUCGCGCCAACAGAUCGCCAUCGGCGUAUCAGCGAUAACCUGCUUCCUGCACGCCUGCCGUCACCAAAACGAAUCAAAGUCCCGGAAGUAUUUGGCUAAAGUCCUCUGGCUGCUGACGUACGAUGACGACAAGAACUCGCUGAUGGAAGCCGUUGACAAAUACGCCGUUGGAGUGCCGCCUAUUCAAUGGCUGCCUUGGAUACCGCAACUGCUGAUGUGUUUGAUAAGACACGAGGGCAACGUCAUACUGAAUUUGCUGUCCCAAGUUGGACGGAUGUUCCCUCAAGCUGUUUACUUUUCCAUCAGAACUCUCUACUUGACUCUGAAGAUCGAGCAGCGCGAGCGGUACAAAAGUGCCGAGUUGCAGCAGCAACAAUCUAGUUCCUCUGCUAAUAUUAAUCCAAGUCAAGCAACACCAGCUUCCGCCGCUGAAACUGGACCAAUAAAAGCGACUGCCCCGAUGUGGCGGUGCUCAAAAAUAAUGCACAUGCAGCGGGACAUACAUCCGACAAUUUUGUCAAGCCUAGAAGGAAUCGUCGAUCAAAUGGUUUGGCUCAGAGAAACUUGGUACGAAGAAGUUCUGCGGCAAUUGCGUCAGGGUUUGGCCAAAUGCCACGCGAUUGCUUACGAAAACCGGGGGGCUGUUUCUGAAGCGACCAUUACUCCGCAUACGCUAAAUUUUGUCAAGAAAUUGGUAUCGACGUUUGGUAUCGGGAUUGAAAAUAUUUCUUCGACAUCUUCGCAGACGACACCUCAAACUUUUGGAUCCGCAGCCUCUGAAUCUCUGGCCAGACGAGCCCAGGCUACGGUACAGGACCCAGUUUUCCAACGUAUGAAGGAACAGUUUUCAUCAGACUUCGAUUUUACUGUACCAGGUGCCAAACUACUGCACAAUUUGAUAAACAAACUCAAGAAAUGGAUAAAAAUACUCGAAAGCAAGACGCGACAGCUACCAAAGUCAUUUCUUAUUGAAGAAAAGUGCAGGUUUUUGAGUAACUUUAGUUUGAAAACCGCCGAAGUUGAGCUGCCAGGUGAAUUUUUGUUGCCGAAACCUUCGCACUAUUACGUGAGGAUCGCGAGAUUUAUGCCGAGAGUCGAAGUCGUGCAGAGACACAACACCGCCGCGAGAAGACUGAGGAUUCGCGGACACAACGGACGGCUUUAUCCGUAUCUGGUUGUCAAUGACGCGGGUCUAGGUGACGCAAGACGCGAGGAACGUGUUCUCCAACUGCUCAGAAUGUUGAAUUACUAUUUAGCUAAACAGAAAGAAACGUCAAGACGAUUCCUGCACUUCACUGUGCCGCGUGUCGUUGCAGUUUCACCGCAAAUGCGUUUAGUUGAAGACAACCCGGCCUCGACAUCUCUGCUGGACAUUUACAAACUCGGCUGUGCUAAAAUGAGUGGAACUGGAGCUGCAAAUACCAGCGGGGGAAUGGAACACGAUGCGCCAAUAGCGCGUUACUAUGAAAAGUUGGCGGUAAUGCAGGCAAAAGGAACACAAGCGAGUCACCAAAUGCUCAGAGAUAUUCUCAAACACAUUCAGUCAACGAUGGUACCCAGAACGAUGAUGAAGUCUUGGGCUGUCAAGACUUUCCCUGUAGCGACUGACUACUGGACCUUCAGAAAAAUGUUUACUUUGCAAUUAGCGCUUGCCUGCUUCGCCGAGUACGUCCUGCAUCUGACGAGAUUGAACCCUGAUAUGAUGUACAUACAUCAGGACUCGGGUCUUGUUAAUAUCGCGUACUUUAAAUUCGACGUUGAUGACAUGUCUGGUGAAUUGGACGCACAGCGACCGGUACCAUUCAGACUCACUCCGAAUAUUUUGGAAUUCAUCACAACCACCGGAGUGUCAGGACCAUUGACAGCAUCAGCAAUAGCAAUAGCCCGGUGUCUAGUCCACCCCUCCUUCAAAGUCCACACGAUUCUCCGCGCGAUUUUGCGCGACGAAGUCAUCGCGGACCACAACCGCAAGCAAGAGGAUGCUGAGAACGCGGCUCAAGCGCCAGCAGACAUGAAAGGAGAGCUGCUGAUAACCAUGGUGACCCGCGCGGUCACCGCGAUCAUGACAAGACUUAACUCACUCGCGAACUUCGCAGACAACGGGGACGGUAACAAAGUCAGCACCCUAGUCGCCGCGGCGAGCAGCCACGACAAUCUCUGUCGCAUGGAUCCAUCCUGGCACCCAUGGCUAUAA